AUGCCGCAGCCAGUUCUGGAUGAAUUGGUCAACGCGGUGCCGGAGGAAGCUACUACUGAACAGAUUGCUGAAGAGGUGCAAUACGCAAGGGAGGAAGUUGGUGCAGGAGCAGGCAUACAGGCUGCGGAGCCUCCAGAGAUCCCUGUAGAAGUGCUGUGUGUUCCCGAGGACUCGCGCUUUGAGGCUCUUAUUCAGCCGAAAGGGCAGAGCAAAUUGCCGUUGAAUCGGAAUGGAGAUCCUGUGCAUUCGCAUUAUCAACGACACACACCACCUCUUUUUUGGCAGAGCGUGAAGCAAGAUGUGCAGCGAUCAAAGCCGGAGCGUCCUGCUGAGCCAGAGCUGUCGAAGCUGCAAUCUUGGUUUGCCGCCCGAGGGGUGCAGUUUAACGAUUUCUUCCAAAGCAUCACAGAGGCCAAUUUGGCUUGGGGCAGCUGGCAGCAGCAGACUGGCAAAUUUUGGCGCUGUGUGCUGAAGCGUCCUUUUGUGAAGCCCUCCCUGGACUUGUGCCAUGCUACUGUGGAGCAUGAUCCGCAAACAGGCCGCAUGUCUUUUGGCUUUGAAGAUGGGUCACGGGAAGCCUACUCGCCAGCCAUUCACAGCUCAAGUAUGUACACUGCGUGCUCUAUAUUGCAGAAUGGUACUCAGCCAGGCGAAGCAACCAAAAGCGGCUUAGUCGGCGUUUACUGCCAUUCUUUGAACACGGACAAGCAAAUUGCAAAUAAAUCUGCAGGCUACAGUGUCAGUUCGGAGCUUUUCAUGGAUGGCGUGUACUGGACAAUCAAAUGCGAGCUCCAGGUGGCGAAGUUCAUGUCAGGCUUUCAAGGAUAUCCAAAGCUCAGCGCAGGGGCCAAGCAAUGGGCAGCGUCGACGCAUAUGCCAGAGAACGAAGCUGACAAUUUCGGUCCCGUGUUUCAUGUGACUGCUGUGUGGAUCCACGCGCUACGGUGGGACCAGAUCCAGGAUGCUGAUGUUUGGAUCAGCUUUGACCGGUUUCACCCAGAGUACGAGAUGGUUCCGGAGACUGCGCCGUGA